GCCGAUUUGAGUCACUUCAGCCACUGCGCAUGCGUCAAGGGUACAGCGCUGUGCUCAACUGCCCACUUCAAAAUAAAAGCGAACGAGAAAAAGAGAAGAGAGGAGGGAGGCAGUGCUAGAGAGAACUUCCCUCCCAUCAUCAUCAGCAGCAGCAGCAGUGUGUACACAUAUACAUCUACGUGUGUAUGCGUGUGCAUGUGUGUGUGCGCGGUCAGACGCCCGUGCACGCGCGCGGUUAGAGAGAGACCUCCCCGGUUCACAGUGGCUCAGUGUUUUGGAGAGUAACCUGUGGGUCGAUGCACCGCAGCGAGGAGCAUGAACACAGGGAUCCUGCAGCUCAGAGGACCAGAGAGAGAGAGAGGAAGGUGCACACCAGCGAGCUGAACCCUCAGGGCUGUCCAUAGGGAACCAUGUGCAGCUCCCUGAGCCCCAAACACCUCAUCGGCCCCGGCCUCACGGACAUGCAGCAGUACCACCAGUGGCUGGCCAGUCGACAUGAAGCCAGCCUGCUGCCCAUGAAGGAGGACCUGGCCCUGUGGCUCACUAAUAUCCUCGGUCUGGAAAUCACCGUCGAGAGCUUCAUGGAUCGCUUAGACAAUGGCUUCCUGUUGUGCCAGCUGGCUGAGACACUGCAGGAGAAGUUCAGGCAAAGUAACGGAGACCUGCCUGCCCUUGGCAACGCAAAGUGUAUUCCCUAUCGGAGGAUACCAUGUCGGCGGAGUGCGCCCUCUGGUUCUUUCUUUGCACGGGACAACACAGCUAACUUCCUGGCCUGGUGUCGUGAGAUUGGAGUUGGUGAAAUGUGUCUUUUUGAGUCGGAGGAUUUAGUUCUUCACAAGCAGCCACGAGAGGUGUGCCUCUGUCUUUUAGAGUUGGGGCGGAUAUCAUCACGGUACAACGUGGAGCCUCCGGGCCUAAUAAAACUGGAGAAAGAGAUUGAGCAAGAAGAGAAAGCGCCUCUAUCUCCUCCAUCACCUUCAUCUCCUACUCAGCCCCUCCCUCCAUCUCCUGCUUCCUCUCCUUCACCUUCUCCCUCUGCAUCCCCGACUCCUCCCAAAGUGACGUCCAGCAAGAAAAGCACAGGGAAGCUGUUGGAUGAUGCCGUAAGAAAUAUCGCUGAUGACCCCCCCUGCAGGUGUCCAAAUAAAUUCUGUGUAGAAAGACAGUCGCAGGGUCGAUACCGUGUUGGGGAGAAGAUGCUCUUUAUCCGAAUGCUGCACAACAAGCACGUGAUGGUGCGUGUCGGCGGAGGCUGGGAGACCUUUGAGAGCUACCUGCUGAAGCACGACCCGUGCCGCACGCUUCAAUUCUCCCGGGUGGAGGGCAAGAUGUCUCCUGUCAGCAACAAGUCCCCCAACAUCAAGGACUUGACCCCCGACAGCUACCUGGUGGUGGCGGCACACUACCGCAGCAAAAAGUGAAGACAUGAGACAGAGAAAGGGGCCAUUAGUAAAAGAACACAAAAGGUUUUGUGUCUAGACAUUCAUGGAAAGUUCACUUGUGUAACAGUGAUGCUUUGUUUUUUAUGUAAAAAAAGGCACAUGAAUGUCAUAUAAAGGCUGCAGUCAUACAAGGAGGUUUUAUUUUAUUUUACGUAACUGUAAAAUUAAAGCUUUUAAAAUAUUAAAAAAAUCUUUUUGACUGCGUACAAGUGAAGCUGUACAACUUUGUUGAGAAUUGUUUAUGGGUCUCUUAUUUUAAGCAAUAUACAGUAAUCACUUAGUGUAGGUAGAAUAUUUGCAGAUUUUGGUGCACAUGCUCUUAUUUGAAUGCAGUCAAUAAGGCCUGUGGUACCCGUCCGCAUUAUAUA